CAACAAGAGACACAGAUACCUUCUUUCAGCUUUAACGAUCCCGGCAGUCAGUACGACGGGAACGCCGCGCAGCUUGAACCAAACCCCUUCGCCGGCAUGGACGGGAACGUAACGCUACCUCCCAGGACGGAUUCCAUGAUGGCCUCACAUGCAGCAUGGACGGUGCCCACCCCCCAGGGAUUGAGACCCCGCCCCGCUACCAUCCACGAGGGCUUCUCCUUCUGUGUAGGGGGAGGGUUCGAAGGCUUGCCGGCCUGGGACCCUUCGUCGUUAGGAGCAGGAGCAACAACAACAGCAACAGCAACAGCAACAGCAACAGCAACAGCAACAACAACAACAACAACAACAAGUGACACCAUGUCAUCCAGGCCCGUCUCGGUUCACCAGGACUUCUACCCGGCGACCACGAUGGAGAACGGUGAGUGCGGCGGCCGGCAGGGAGCCAUCGACGACGGGCUAACCGUGAUUGGGUCAGAUGCGUGGGCGCAAAAGCCGUGCGACGGGAACUUGGAGAUGUCGGGGCUGGAACCGGACAUGAUAGGACAGGCGUAUACGACGGACGAGGCGAUUCCGAUCCUCGACCUUCGGUCCUUCGGCCCUUCGAUGGACGGCGAUUCCCGCGCUCUCGAUGGAACGAAUGCGCGCCGGAUGUCUGGCUCGUCCUUCACCUUGUCGACGACCGGCGGUCUGUCCGAGAUCACUUCGUACGAGGACUUCUCGGCCGCGCUCUCGGAUGCCCCCUCUCUCAGCUCCGACUACCCCCCGCCGUCCAACCGAACGUCCAUGAUCUCGUCGACCCACUUGUCGCCCGUCGCGUCGCCGAGGAUGACGCCCCACAGCCGAUCGGAGCUGGUACGGACUCAGAGCAGGGGUAGGGCCUCGCCGUCGCCGCGCCCGGGAGUGCGUGCCGUGCCCUACUCGGUCGAGGGCGCGAGGAACAAGAGGUGGUCCACCGGGUCCUACGGCACUGCUUCCUCCAACCGACGGCCGUCCCCGUUUGUCUACCAUCACCCGCACGAUGCCUUCAACCUGCAUGCUCGCCUGUCGUCAUCGUCGGCGGCGUCGCCGCACCACUCCUCCCCCACCAUCGCGCAGGGCCAACUGCCCCUGAGCUUCGGCAACCUGCAAGCCGCACAGCAGCAGCAUCCAUUCCUCUACGGCCCAGCGCCGGCCUUCCAGCACAUCCAGCACAACAACCACAUGCUCGUCCCGAGCCAGCUGCCGUCCAACGCCUUCCCCCCCGAAUCAUCGCACCGCAAUCCGUUCGAGAAUCCUCCCCCUCCCCCCGUGCUGUCCCACGGCCUCUUCCGGAUGCUGCAGAGCAAUGCCGAUCCGCACUCGCUCGGCCACGGCCACUACGCCGACCUGUCGGAUCCGCCCGACCUGUACGCCUCGCUGCACGAGGAACAGAUCCCGCCGCCGCCCGAGGACAUGAAUCCGGAGGACCAGGACCUCGUCCCCCACGAGCAGGAGCUCCGGUUCGAAGGCGACCUGUACACGCCCAGGUGGGUGCGCGGACACGGAAACAAGCGGGAGGGCUGGUGCGGCAUCUGCAAGCCGGGCCGCUGGCUGGUCCUCAAGAACUCGGCCUUCUGGUACGACAAGAGCUUCACCCACGGCAUCAGCGCCGCCACCGGCAGCCCCUUCCAGGAGCCGCAGGAGACGAGGCGGAUGGACGGCAACCCGGACGUCUGGGAAGGGCUCUGCGGGAGCUGCAACGAGUGGAUCGCGCUGGUCAGCAGCAAGAAGAAGGGAACCACGUGGUUCAGGCAUGCGUACAAGUGUCACACGCAUCCCAAGAUCAAGGACGCCCCCAAGCGCAAGAGGGAGGGCGGCGGCGCCACCACGCGCGUCUUGCCGGCGUCGACCAUGGCCAAGCCGCGAACCGAGCCGCUCACGCCGCAGAUGAUGACGCCCGCCACCUCCUCGACCGCCGUCACGCCGACCCCCGCCACAGCAACAACAGCAGCAGCUCGGCCCGAAGGCCAGGACUCCCUGCAGCCCUCCGGUCGGGAGCAGCCCCAGGCCCAGCCUCAGCAUACCCCGUCAUCGUCGUCGUCGCCGUCGUCGUCGCAGGAAGUGCAGCAACAAGACCGGCAGCAAGCGCAGGAAACCCGGCUCCAGCCCCCGCCGGUGCCCCCGCCCCGGCCGCGCGCUCUGCCUCCGCGCUCCUCCUCCCUCAUGAACCCGUUAGUGGCCGCCGUCGGCGGUGUUGACGGGUUCCCGAACAUGAUCUGA